GGCAGCAGGGCGCCGAUGGGCGCACGCCGUGGUGCGACCCCAGAGCCGGGUGAGCUCAAGUGGGCGGCGCUGGUGGUACGGAGGCUGGAGCGGAGACCCAGCGGCAUGGCAACGUACGGAGAGCUGCGCCGGUCUGGCAUCGGCAUUCCCCGUCGCUACCUCUCAUCGGACGAGCCCAGGGAUCUGAUCCGUUUCCUGAAACGAUUCAAGAACUUGCGGUAUGGCAAACUGCGUGUAUCAAAUAGCGACCGCGUCCCCAUCUACUUGCCCGGCUUUGAACGGGCUGUUGAUGCCGCUAAGGCUGCUGCUACCGAUGCCACCGCUGCUGGUACGGAUACAGCUAGCGCCGGAGCCGAAGCAGCAGCUGUAGCAGCGGCUGCUGCUGCUGCUACCGCCCCUGCUGCUGCUGAUAAUGCUCGUCCGGCGGCCCCAACCGCCAAUGUCAGUAACAACGAUGCCAAUAACAAUGGCGGCGUCGGUGGUGUCGGCGGUGGCAGUGGCGGUUGGGAGUUGGAGGACCGAGUGUUGUCGUACAAGAGGGCUCUGUACGACUACCUCGCAUCGCAUCCAGAGGGCGUCACGAUGAGUCAGCUGGCAACGUCGCAGUUCCGAGUGCCUCCGUUCGUCCGCGGCAGCAUGGGCGCGGGCGCCUGGCUGAACAGCGACAAGCGACACUGGUUGUUCAGGAAGAAUGCGCUGUACGCCCGGCGCAAUGCACGGCCCUGAGGGCGCUGUCGUACCGGCUGCUGAGCCAUUACCGGUGCGGUGCAAGCCGAACAACGGACACAUUCAUUGUUGCAGGGUUCACUGCUGACCUGGGCCCUGAGCUGCCGCAACAGGAUGCGAGCUAUCACACGGAAUAGUAGAGCUAUAGCUGUGUACAUGUGUGCCGUGCGCUGCAGAUGGAUUGUUGGGAUGCCCGCACACGCCGGCAUGUCGCGGGUGGUGUGCAGUAUUGGCGGGUUGUAGCAGCGGUCUGGGGGGCCAGAUGCGCAGCGUUGGCUUGUUAUGGUGCUGGCGUCUUUAUAUAUCGACUAGAUAUCGUCGACUAGAUAUAUAGUCGAUUGGUCGUGACGGCAUGUUGUGGUGUUGUGAGGAGAUAGCGUUGGGUUGAACAUGCGUAAGGGCGUAUGGGUCACAUAUGUGAGUGAAGUAUGGCAGUAUGGCUUCAGGGUUACAUAUGACUAUUCAUGGCGCAGGAGGGCUGGCUUGGGAUGUCACGCAGGCAGGGCCCACUGCACCGCUUUCGGGAAAGGAGGAGUUGAUGGUAGUUGACUUCGUGGUUCGCUUAUUAGUUCGCUUGCAGUGUCGCUUAGGUAUGCUUAUCGGUCAGCUUAGGGGUUAGCGGCUUGGACGGUACCGCGUAGGAUGCAUGAGCAAGGGUGCAGAUGACAUCUAGAGCCUGCACUUCCUUGAGCAGCUGCUUGUAUGAUUGGAAGCCGCCAGGAGAGCUACGUUAGCGUUUCUUCCUUGCGGGUUAGUGAGCGUGCCAUCUCUUGUCUGGUGCAAGACGGCCAGGCAGGUUGAAACAUGGAUGGCGUCUUGGCCUGUAAAGGGUAUCAACG